ACCAAAGCUGUUUUUUAGCAUCUUCCCUGUUCAUCAUUUCUUACUUUCUGUUCAAAAGAAGGAAGUCAAGGCUGUCUUUAAAACUGUGUCUUCUGCCACAGCAUUUUCUAAGGGUGCACAGUCUCGACAAACCUUGCUGUGACCAUGGCGAGUGUGGGUAUGGAUAGUCAGCCUCAGUCCAGUCCAGAGACUGGGCUGGUGGUGGCUUCUGUUAUCUUAAGUCUUUCUUUUCUGGUCGGCGCUCCUGGGAAUCUGUUUGUGAUCUGGAUCAUCCUGAAGCACAUCAAGCAGCGCUCUCACACGGUCAUUCUCAUCCUCCAUCUGGCCGUUGCGGAUCUCAUGGUGCUCAUCACCCUGCCCCUGUGGAUCUACUCCUUCGCCCACUCCUGGAUCUUUGGGCUGGUCACAUGUAAGGCCGUGGUCUAUCUUGUCUAUGCUUGCAUGUACAGCAGUGUGUUUUUCAUUACUAUUAUGAGUGUGGAGCGCUUUGUGGCUGUUCGUUACCCCUUUGCCUCAGCUGGCUGGAGAAGAAAACAAGCGCUUCAUAAGCUACUGUUUGGUGUCUGGGUGGCGGCCCUUCUCUUAAGCAUUCCGGUGAUUCCCACGCAAGCGCUGGGUGAGCAAACAGGCCAACAGCUUUGUACAUUUAGGGAGUACACUUCCGACACUGAAGAAAUUAUAAAUGUGCUGCUGGAGACCAUUGUGGGCUUCGUCGCUCCACUUACCGUUUUGGUGGUUUGUUAUGGCUGUCUGUAUAGCCGCAUUGCGCAGAUGAACUUCAAAUCCAAGCGCAAGUCAACAGGUAUCAUUGCAGCGGUGGUUGUCACGUUUGUCAUCUGUUGGACCCCUCAUCACAUUGGCAACAUCCUCUCCCUGAUUUACAUUGGGAUCCAAGAAUCUUCUGAAGAGGCAGCCGAACGUUUGGAGGACGUUAGACAGACCAUGAUGUUUUUUGCGGCAGCCUUGGCAUUUGUCAGCAGCACUAUUAACCCAGUGCUGUAUUUCUUUGCUGCGCGGUCAUUUCGAAGUUCACUGCGCGACACGGGGAUACAGAAGCUUUUCCGCCACAUCUCCAGUACAGCUACUGGUGAGGGGAAUAAAGACUUAUGUUUCACAUCCAAGAGGCAGAGCUCUCACACCCAGUCUUCACAGUGUUGUACAGAAUCAAAAACUCAAAUAGACCUCCCGGACAUCUGUCACCAGGCCUCAACUUUAUGAGAUUUUACUGUUGUGCAUUUGUAAAAGUUUUUAUUGAGAAUUUAUAACAUUUAUGCAUAGGAAAGUAUCAUUUAUGUGCUGUUAUGGAACUGAUUAUAAUGCAUUUUAAUGCAAAUUUGGAAAAUAAUGUAUUGUAUUUUUGUAUUUUUUGUAUUUUUACUUUUUUUUAGCUUACUGUUUUGUAUUUUUACAAACCAACAUAUAAUGAAUCCAUAAGUCAUAAUAACUCAUUACAAGAAAAACAGAAGUACACAGGUGUAUAAAUUACCUUAAACCUUCAUAUUCAUAUUAUAAAUCAUCCUAAAAUUAUAAAAUUUACAUUUGAAAUGUUAGGACUAUUAAAUCACCAAAUGAUACUGUAUCAACAAAUUAAGCACUUAAAAUUGAGAUCUUUUUGAAUGUUCGUGAUUUUGAAUCUGACGAUUUAGUCUUUUUUAGAAUGGCAUACGGUCCUUUUGAGUAAUUUCAACAACAGGUUUAGUAGAAAUAGUUGUGAGAACACUGAAGAUUCAACCAUGGUUGAUACCAUGAACAGCUGACACAGGGUUUUUAAAUGUGCAGUGGUGCAAGCUUUUUAUGCACGCUACUUGCGUGUUCUGUUCUGAAGUUCUGUGGAUUUCACAACUACUGUUGCGUGCACAUGUGUGUGAAAAGAGGAAAUGGCUCCUCCAGACGCACUGUUUUUGUUAAGAGUUGCUAAAACAAAUGAGAGUUCAUUAGGAAUAUUGUGUAAUUUAAGCUACCUUUUAUUUUUGUUUUUAAUAAUUUUACAACAUCCAUGUGUUGUUACUAUAGUAUACUGUUAUCCUGCAAGGUAAAAAUGAGAAAGCCUUAAAACAAAUGCAUUAAAUA